UUAAAUCUUUUUUCAAUAAAUGGAACCAUUAUUACGGGGAACACAAUUUAGUUUCAAGAAAGAUUAAAUUUGCAAAGAACUAAACUUUGUUUAGAAAACUAGUUUUAUUGAAAAGAUGUAAGAUUAAUUGAGAAGAGAUGUAAUUGACAAGUUGUACUAUUAAACUAUCAAAAUGACACAUAAAUAGGAACAAAAAAGUCGGUUACUCUAUAAUUACUUGGUUGACCAUUUGCUCUUCAAUUGUAACGUCCUAGAUUCGAUAUUCUGACACAUCCGGAAUAGAAAAAAAAAUUAUGUUAAGACGACAAUUAAAGUUAAACUGAGGGAGCAUAUAUUAUUGUAUUGUAAUGUAUUUUCACAUGAUAAUAAUAAUCAUAAUCCUUUAAAAAAUUAUUAUUAAUAAUAAUAAUAAUUGAAGAAAAGAAAUAAAAGAAGAGAAAAAUCAGAAGUGUGACACAUAUUUGGCGUAGCUGUCAACUUUUUGAUUGUAUAAUAUAUAUACAAGUCCAUACACAUAAAGAAAGCUCAACUCUCCAUUCCAAUAAGUUUAGUUAGUUUCAUCAAUGGAAGAAGGAAAUGAAUUAGUGAUGGAGAUGGUUCCUUAUGAAAAUGAAAAUGAGAUUAUUUCAUCAAUGGAAGAAGGAAAGGAAUUAGAGAUGGAGUUGGAGAUGGUUCCAUAUUAUACCCUCACUGAGAGCUUCUAUCGUAAGCUCAAGGAGCUUUUGGACCCUUCUGGAUUCAAUCUCAUAUAUGAUGUCCGAAAAACAUCCCUUGACUUGUACCUGUUUUACUUGGAGGUCACGAAAAGAGGAGGUUAUCACCAGGUUGAUCAAGAAAAGAAAUGGGGUGAAGUUGUUUCUGCACUAAAACUGGAAGGAAACAAUGCAACCUUGUGUGAUCAACUUGAAAAGCUCUAUAAAGAACUUCUGUACAAAUUUGAGACAUUGUACUUCUACAGGUCUCCUGCAACUGGCAGCAAUACAGGUCCAGUUGAAAGGAAUCAAAACUCAACCACUAGUUUAUCUCAAUUAAUGGACGAUCAAGAUUAUCUGAAGGCGCGAAAGAUAUCCGAACACUACUCUAGUCAAAUUACAGGAAUUGGAUAUCAAGAAUUUCAAGUGGUUCAACAAGCACCCUCAAAGAACAAAGAAAAGAAGAAACGGAGAGGUGCUCCAAUAGGACAGAGUGGAUAUAAUAUAUUCCUCAAGCAGGAAUGUGCUCGACUUAAAGCUAAUCAUCCGGACGUAGGUGGAAGAAAAAUCAUAGACAUGGCUAUUGAUGCUUGGAAUAAGUUGUCAGACAAUGAGAAACGGCCAUAUGAAGAGGCAAGCAUGAAGAUAAAGGAAGAAGUUAAAGAAGCACCCACAAAUAACAAAGAAAAGAAGAAACAUCGAGGUGUUCCAAGGGGACAGAAGAGUGCAUAUCAAAUAUUCCUCAAGCAUGAAUGCGCUAGACUGAAAGCUGAUCAUCAGUUUCAAGGUGACAGAAAACUCAAGGCUAUUGAUGCUUGGAAGAUGAUGUCCCCCUUGGAAAAACUGCCAUAUGAAGAGGAAAGCAUGAAGAUAAAGGAAGAAAUUAAAGCAGCAAUGAUCCAAAAGAGCACUGAAGAUCUUAAUAGGGAUGAAGAGAGACCUAUUGUGUGUGGUGACUACUACUCUGUAACUUCACAACCUCUGUCAAACGACUCUUUUGGAAACAACGCAGCGGUGGACUUGACAGAAAAAGUAUCCGAGGAUCCCUUUUUCCCAGGUGAUUUGAAUGAUCAUCAUUUGUUAGAUUUUCCAAGCGGGGAACCCAAAUGACUAUACUUGUUGUUGGGCAAGUCUUUUUUUGGUUUUUGAAGCAAUGCUAUUGCCUACGCAUCCAACGGUUAUCCCGUUUUUUUGUGACUCAAAAGUUAGCUUAGCUGCUUUGUGUUUAUGGUUUUGAAAGAGCAACAAGCAUAGGUCUAGUGAAUUAUGUAUAUAAACAAUGUAUAUAAGUGACUCAAACUUAGCUAAGCUGCUUUUUGUCUAAGGCUUGUAUUGUGAAAUAUGUGUAUAAAUUAUGUAAUACAAAAUUUUGUUGGCAUGGUUGUGAA